AUGUCGAAUGCCGCAGAAGGACUCAAUGUUUUGAUUCCAAUCACGAGUUUAAAGAUCAUGAUGAUUGGUACAAAGAAAGACAAAGUGCAGUUGAUUUCUUUGGAAAGCGAAUCAGAAAGAGAAGUUGUUUUCCAUUCGAAUAUCACUGCUUAUGAUUUCUCUAGUAAUUACAUGGCUUUUGCACAAACAGAUUCAACAAUUUCCAUCUACAAACACAGCGAAUCAAUGAUUUUCUCGAUACAACUAAACGCUGGAACAAUCGAAGCUUUAGCUGUUUCUGCAAUUUUCCAGAUGGUCGCUGUAGGAACAAGAGAAGGAGAAAUCUAUUUAGUGUCUAUUUUAUCAAAACACGUGACACAGAUUUUGAAUUUGGAAUCUUUUGUUUGCACAAAUUUGGUAAUUACUAAAAAUUGGGGAUUCAUUGUUGCUUUUUGCGAAGGUUUGGAUGAUACAAACUUGGCCGCAAAGAUCGUUGUUUAUACUUGCAAUGGAGUUAAAGUGGCUGAAUACCCAAUAAACAGAUUACCAACAUUCGUUUGCUCCUUCAAUGACAGGUACGGAUUCGACCACAUCAUUUUCACGAAUUCGAAUCAAGAAAUGUUUUUGUUUGAAGCUCCUUUCCCUGAAAAGAUGACGAAGAUUUGCGAUAAAAUUGGAGAUUCACUAUAUAUUGAACAGUGGGGUACAAGGUCUCUGAUUGCAAUCACAACUGAUGGUUCUGUUCAUGUUAUCCCGGUAUUUUAA